GAAGAGAUCAGAGCGACAGCGAGGCAGCCCCCCUCCUACAAGAAGCAGCACAGUGUUGGAUGGGGGGAUAGUACCUGGGGGCUUUCUUGGCGUCUGAGACAAAAUGGGGAAAAAAUGGAGGAUUUUAUUGCUUCUCAUUAACAUCUGUCAGGUUAACAGUUUGCGGUGCCUACAGUGUAUUGGAAGUACCAGCUCCUGCCGUAUGGUGGCCAAGAAUUGUCCGGCCUAUGAAACCACCUGCAUCUCCCUGGCUUAUAGAUCUCAAGCUGGAAGCUUCUCAUCCAAUACCGUAAUGAAAGGGUGCUCAACAAAAGCGCUGUGCAACCAAACAUCCGUCAUCGACACAGGAAAUCGAUCAAUAUAUAUGGCUGCAUCAUGCUGUGAAACAGAUUACUGCAAUAUCAAUCGCUACUCAACUAAUGCUGAGUUCUCCAACCGGAUGCAGUGUUACACAUGUAAAAGCAACAACCUCUCUUGUGCCCUUCCAAACCUCAACACCGUAUUCUGCGAUGAAGUCAACAACUGGUGUGUGGAUGUACUUACUAAGGAGAUAACUAACGGUCUGGUGACUGCAAGCUCUUACACCAAAGGCUGUGGAUCUGGGGAAGCAUGUAACUCAUUACUUGCCUUUGACACGGGGUCCUUCCAGCACUAUACACAAUACUCUUGCUGCAACAGUCAGACCCAGUGCAACAAUGCCUUUCAGUCUAUACCAAUACUGGAUAAUAUCAAUGGGAUCACAUGCUGGGCUUGCUUGGACACUGGGAACAAUGAGUGUGCUGCGGAAAACCAAAAAGUAAUCUCGUGUAAGGGCACGCUCCUCAGAUGCAUGGAGGCUUAUGACCAGAACCGUCGGACAGUGAUGAAAGGCUGCAGCACAGUGACUUAUUGCUCUGCCACCUUCCCGACGCUGAAUGUGCCCAACAUCGCGGAGAUACAAUGCUGCGCAGGGAACAACUGUAACAACUUCACACAAUUUCCCACAUCUACUGAAAUCAGUGGGAGCCCAAGCACAGACUUUAGACUUCCGAUGCUUCUUUUCACUUUGCUAUGUACUGUCUUCUGUAUAGUGGAUGCUAACUAGGCCUACAGUUACCUAAACUAAAUCAUUAUUUAUACAGAAGGGGAAUCAGUGGGGACUGUGAGAUGCCUACUGGGCUUCCCCAAUCAGUGUUACCAAUGGAGCCACUUAUGAGUGGUUCUGGGCAACAGGAGUCUAUAUGGGGUCAUAGUUGUGCCCAUGGAGGAUCAUUCCCAGGAUGGUGAGAACGGCAGAAUCUGGAAAACUGACAUUUGCACCGACGCCUAUGUACUCACUACUUUGACUGCCCCAUGUCGACGAUCAACCAUAUGCUGCUGCACAGAAAUGGAUACAAUCAGUUUUCAAAAAUUGGCUAUGUGCAAGUUAUUUGCACCCCGUUGAUGUCCCAGAAGAAGUAUCUCCUGCAUCUAAUCACAGCCCCGAUGGCCAAAAGCUAAAAAACCCAACCCACAGCCUGGAGGAAGGUUGGGAGCCAAUUUAUUUAAAGAGCUAGGAUGGCUAAAUAGCACAGAUUUGGGACAACCCUUCCAAUAAAGGCAAAGCUCAUUGUUUUUU